UUGUCUUGAUAGAACAAUCAUAAUAUAUAUAUAAAAGAAGUAAAUUACAGAGUCACGUCUCUUUUUUUUUUUCUUUAUUUCUUUCAACAUGAAUCGUAUCCAAGGUUAUUUUAAUAAAAUAAAGGGAAACCUCGGUAAUGAAAAUGGAAAGCAUAUCUCUAGUUUACUCUCUAUUGAUGAUACCAAACAUACCAAACUAUUGAUUGAUCAAUCUAUCACAUUGGAUGACAUUGAAUCAGCAUGUGCUCGAAACUUCGAAUCCCCUUGGACAGAUAUCAUCUUGAACCAUAUUAAAACAGUACUUUAUGUCGAUCAACAAGAUUAUGUGUCUGCUUUUGAUUCGCAAAAAGAAGUCGUACAAGGAUUUCAAAAGAUACUGCCCAAUCUGACGCGUUGGUGUCUUGUGGCUCUUUAUACGAUCAACAAUGAGUUACGGAUCAUUGCCACUCAAGCAGAUCUCAUUUCCCCUGUAGAAGAAGGUCAACGUCGAAAACUAGAAGAAGCAGCCAAUGUGAUCAGUAAAUCCUUUACUGCUUGUGUUACUGACCGAGCUGUCCUUCAGGUGUCCAAGAAAUACGGCACAUAUUGUAUGAUUGGCAUCUUGUUUCGUAUCUAUUUUAAACUAAAGCAACAAAACUUGUGCAAAAAUAUUUUACGUGCGGUCAAGGCUGCUGAUUUACCGCCAUUGGAUGUGUUUCCUAAAAGUGAUCGAGUAACAUUUCGGUAUUAUCUAGGUCGUCUUUACUUUUUAGAAGAAGAUUAUGUCAAGGCAGAGCAUGAACUCGAUUUGGCUUUUAAAGAAUGUACUAGGAAGAAACCUAAAAACAAAGAACUGAUUCUACAGACUUUAUUGCCUGUGAAAUUGAUGCGUGGUAUUGUACCCACAACCAAGUUGUUUGAUCAGUUCCCUAGAAUAAGAGAUUUGUACCGAGAUGUAGCAGAAUCGAUCCAAAAGGGCAAUGUCAAAGCAUUCAAUACAGCACUGGCUGCCUCUGAACCCUUGUUGAUUCGACAAGGCACUUAUUUUGCUAUGGAAAAAGCAGAAUCGAUUGCUAUUCGACAACUGUUUCGAAAGAUUUAUCUUAUCAUGGGCUUAAAUACCAGAAUUCCUAUUGGCCUAUUUCAACGUGCCUUAGCAUUUGAAGGCAUGAAGAUUGAACUGGAAGAAGUAGAAUGGAUGUUGGCCAACAUGAUUUACAAAGGCUAUAUGAAGGGUUAUUUAUCACAUGAAAAGAUGUUUCUUGUCCUCAGUAAAGACAAUCCAUUUCCUAAAGUUUGAGGUGAUACAAACAAAUAAGAACCUGAUUUUAUCCUGAUUUGACGAAUAAAACUUGCAUGAUUUGUUUGCUCCAAUAAAAAUAAAUAA